AUGAUUAUCGGCGCCGGCCGUCGAGAUCGCCUCCGCCUCGACGAGGCAGACCAGCCUACCGCGAUCGCGACCGAGAAGGCUAUCGUUCACCCGGAUACCCCAGCCGAAGCCGAAGCUACAGCCGCAGUCGCAGCCGCGGCGAUCGACGCGGCCGUCACCCCGGACAAGAAAAUCACGAAUGAAUUGAGAGACGGCUAUCAUAUUGAAGGUCUAGACGAAGUGCGCGUGAUUCGCGAUCGUCAGACUAAAAUGUCGCGCCAGCUGGGUUUUCUUCGCUUUCGCAAUCUUAACUAUUCGCGCGCUUUUCAUGAUGCCAAUUAUCCGAAUAUCAUACUUUACGGCCCAAGUGCUGGUCCGAAUGAUCGUGGCACGAAAGUUCGCAUUGCAUACAGUCGAGAGAGAGAGGACCGCGCUCGUGCUAGAGCCGAGGGUGAUUGGACGUGCAAGAUGUGCGCCAUUGUCAAUUACUCGACCCGCCAAAAAUGCUUCCGAUGUCAAGCACCUCGCCCUGAACCCGGCCCUACAGGCCCACCUGGAAUAGCUGCUCCAAGGGUUGAUAACCAUGGUGAUAAUGACGCCGCGCCGGAGAACCAACCUUCUCAAUUCCUGCUGUUCCGAGGGUUGGAACCUACAGUCACUGAAGAACUUCUAGCUAAGGGUGUCGCAAAGCUCUAUCGACCGACCAACAGUGCAGAUGGCUCGGGAGGGGGUCAGAAAAAGAGUGGAAAGGUUGCAUCUACAACCGGAGAUGCCAACCUGGGCGCUCGAGACGGAUCCAUUCGUCGUGUUCUUUUAGUGAGAGACCGUCGAUCCAACGAGAGUUGGCGCUAUGGUUUCGCCGAGUUUGCUACUAUCCAGGAUGCCCAAGCUGCCACGGCACGUUUGAACUCAUUUGAGAAGUUCACAAUCUCUUCAAGACCCGUUCUUGUCAGCUAUAUCCACGCGGGAGUGUUUGUGCCCGUGAUUAACCCGACCGCGAGUACCGAAAAAUUCACAUUCAGCCCUCUGAAUAAUCCUUCUUUGAAGUUGAUGUACUGGGACGACGAGGCCUAUGUCAGGGAACUCACGGUGACGUCCGGGGAGGCAGAUAAUGACCAGCAACCGGCCAAGGGCGACAAGCCAGUCCAGCCCGACGGAAAAGGCAGCAAGGACGCAGACAAGGCCAAGAAGAGAAAGGCAGAAAACGCCGCCAGUGCAGGAGCUAAGAAACUUGCAAUGCCUUCGCACCUGCAAUUCUGGAGUAACCGACAUGCCGAACUGCACGGAAUCAAAAAGGAUGCAGAGGAAAAAGAGGGCGCUGGAUCAGAACUGGGAGAUCCAGAAGCCGAUGCCGUCGUGCCAUCUCAGUCGUACGCUGACCCAAAUCGGAACUGCUGUUAUCUGUGCAUGCGUCAAUUCAAGUCGUCGGCCGACGUCAAUCGCCACGAGCGUCUGAGUCAACUGCACCGUGGAAACCUUCAGAAUGAGGAAUUGACCGCCAAAGCCAUGGGCAAGCUCAUCAAGCAUGGUAUCGUGCCACAGCCACCUGAAUAUCGUGACCGUGCGAGAGAGCGCCGCAAGGCUUUCGGUGCUUCUAAGACCUCAGCCAAGAAGAGCGCACCUCCGCCGAAAGAGGAAGAACCACCAGCUGAACCCACCUCCAAGGGUGCUUCGCUUCUCAGCAAGAUGGGAUGGUCCGCCGGCUCUGGGCUGGGUGCUCAAGGCACCGGCAUGACGGCACCAAUCGCCACCGAGGUCUACGCUCAAGGCGUGGGAUUAGGCGCGCAAGGAGGUAAGCUAGGCGAUGCUGCCGAGGAGGCCGGACGGAACACCCGGAACCGAUACGACGAGUUCCUGGAGAAGACGAGGCAGACGGCACGAGACCGAUACGAGCAGAUGGAGCGAUAG